CUUGCAAAGCACGAAGCGGCCGCCCUCCUCCCUCUUCAGCUCUUCCCCCAAACCCCAACCAUGGCAGCCGCCGCCGACCAAAACCCUAAGGACGCUGAACCCCACGAGCCCGCCACCGAUGAGAGUCCCGAGUUCGCCGAGGAGGAGUACGACGAGUAUGGGGAGGACGAGGACGAGGACGAGGAGGAAGAGCCGGACGGGCCAGCUGCCGCGGCGGCGGAGCGGGAGCGAGUGAAGUCCGUGUUCCAGCGGCUGUCUUCCGAUCCGGUGGGCAUCCGCGUCCACGACGUGGUCAUCAAGGGCAACUCCAAGACGCGGGACGACCUCAUCGAGGCGGAGGUCGCCGACCUCCUCCGCGCCGCGCCCACCGUGCAGGACCUGCUCCGCGCGGCCAGCGUCGCCAGCGCGCGGCUGCACCGGCUCGACGUGUUCGACGCCGUCAAGAUCACGCUCGACGCGGGCCCGCCCGAGCUGCCCGGCACCACCAACGUCGUCAUCGAGGUCGUCGAGGCCGCCAACCCCGUCACGGGGACCGCUGGGGUCUAUUCCAAGCCCGAGUCAAGAUCUUGGUCCCUGGAAGGGUCACUUAAGUUGAAGAACCUGUUUGGCUACGGUGACAUCUGGGAUGCUUCUGGUGCUUAUGGUUGGGACCAAACAACAGAGGUUGGAGUUGGAGUCUCCUUACCAAGGUUUAAAUCAAUACCAACACCGUUGAUGGCCCGGGCAUCUUUGUCGUCACAAGAUUGGUUAAAGUUCUCAUCAUACAAGGAGCGCCUAUUUGGUCUUUCAUUUGGUUUGCUUUCAACCUUGAACCAUGACUUGUCUUAUAACCUUACAUGGCGUACCUUAACUGAUCCAUCACGUGCCUCAUCAAAGGCCAUAAGGAGGCAGUUAGGGCAUAAUCUUCUUUCUGCAUUGAAAUAUACAUACAAGAUUGAUGAAAGGGAUUCACAUCUCAGGCCAACAAAAGGAUAUGCAUUUAUAUCAACUUCUCAAGUUGGUGGUCUAUGUGAUAGCAGAGGAUUGAAAUUUUUUCGGCAGGAGUUUGAUGUUCGUAGCGCUGUGCCUUUGGGAUUCUAUAAUUCUGCUCUCAAUGUUGGCGCAGGAGCGGGCAUUGUUUUACCACUAGGAAGGGGAUUCAUGAAUUUAUCUUCACCUGUGCCUGAUAGAUUUUACCUUGGAGGUCAUUCUUCUCCAGUUUGCAGCUUGAGCGGACUGUCAUCCUUGCUGGGUUUCAGAACAAGAGGAGUUGGCCCAACAGAACCACGGAGGCUUAUCCCUGGUGAAUCUGAUGGUGGCUCUGCUGCCCCUCCAGGAAGGGAUUACCUAGGAGGUGAUCUUGCCGUUUCUGCCUUUGCUGACCUUUCUUUUGACUUGCCUCUCAAGUUAUUUAGAGAUGCCGGCAUACAUGGUCACGCAUUUCUCACUGCUGGGAAUGUUGUGAAAUUGUCGGAGGGUGAGUAUAAGAAGUUCUCAGUUUCUGAAUUCCGGCACACAUUUAGGAGCUCUGCAGGUGUUGGCAUUAUUUUGCCUACUAAACUUUUUCGUGUGGAGGUGAACUACUGUUACAUUCUAAAGCAAGCUGAGCAUGACUGUGGAAAGACGGGGAUCCAGUUCAGCUUCUCCUCGCCCUUGUAGGAACUUGCAUGAAAUGUUUUGCAGCCGAAGUAGCUUCUCUUUCCCUUGUAGACUCGCCUUCUUCCGUUGUUCUUUUCUCGCAGAAGCAAUUGCACAACAAACAUAGUUGCAUUUCAUCGACGUUUCUUGCGACGCUCAUUCUUUGGCAUGAGGAGCCCGAGCCUGGAGUUGCCCAUUCUUUUUGGUGUCUGGACUUCUGCAAAAGAAGGGUUCAAUUCCCUUUUUUGACACGAGGGAUGUGUCCUUUAAAACUCAAAUACUGGUACUAUGCUACAGCGGUGCAUAAAAUAAAAUUGUGGGUCAAGAAUGUUUACACCACUUUAAUUUUGUCACCCACUCGUAUUGUGAUUUAUAAA